AUGCAAUCGCUUCAUUUCAUUUUAAUAGUACUUUUUUUCAUAUCAUGUAUCUCCAAUGCAUUAACGAUACAAAAAGAUUCACUUGGACUUAAACGUACUUCAUUAUCUUCUACGUUUGAUCCCCAUGAUGCAUUUGAAACUGCCGUUAAUUCCACAUGGUCAACAUUUUGGAAUAAUACCAAUCAAGGAUUCUCCCAAUCUGAUCCAUCAUGUCUUGAAUCGCAAACUUUUCAAUAUUCAGUAGUUUGGGAUGUUGCUGUUGCUGGUUUGGCAAUUGUUGAAUCGAGAGAUAUUUCCAAAACCAAUGAUGUUGCUACUUCAUUAUAUAAGUAUCAAAACUCCCAUGGUUGGUUUGCUGCUACUCCGGGGAACACUCAUAGUUAUGUUGAUGAUAAUUGUCAAGUAUUAUGGGUUUUUUUACAAGCUUAUGAAUUAACUCAUAAUGAAAAAUAUUUAACUACUGCUAAUAAGUUAAUGGAAUUAAUUCAAGGACAAUGGUCAAAUGAAGUAGGUGGGGUUAGAUGGAAAGUUGAUGGUGAUUAUAUUGCAUCGAUUUCUACUCUAGAAGCAGCCUUAAGUGCUGUUAAAUUAUAUGAACAGAAUAAAGACGACUCUUUAUUGUCAUUUGCUAAGAAAUGUCUUUCAUGGUUAGAUGAUAAUUUAUUAGAUAAACUGGAUGGAUUUUAUUAUGAUGGAUUGAAUGUUAAUAAUAAAACUAAUAUUGAUAAAGGGAAAUUAACUUAUACUGUUGGAGUAGCAAUUUCAACUUAUUCUUAUCUUUACAAGUACACCAAUGAUGAACAAUAUGUUUUGAUAGCUACUGCCAAAGCUAAUGGAACAUUAACUUCAAAAACAUUUUUGAAUCACAAUGGAUAUUGGAAUAAUGGAUUAAGAUAUGUUCAUUUAUUAUUUGAUGGAUUUAGUGAUUUGAUAACCAUUUGUGAUAAACGGGGAUUUAUAGAUAGCGUUUGGAAACAGGGCCAAUAUAUUUAUGAAAAUGAUCAAUUGCCAGGAGGGAAUAAUGUUGGUAAUUAUCUUGAUUUAUCAAAACCAAUUGAAUCACAUUUAACUUCUUCAUUCCACAAGAAAGAAAAUCAUGAUAGUAAAGAUGAAGUUGAGAUAAAUCAUAAACAAAGUUCUGGGUCUACUCAUCAUAAUUAUUAUUGCAAUAAUCAUUCUAAACAAUUUAAAAGAUCAUUAAUGGAUGAUGGAUCAGCGGCACAAAUAUUUUAUGCAAUUUCAAAAUUUUCUAAAUAG